CCAUGUUGUCCAAUCAAUGACUUGGCCACGGAGCGCAGCGGACCUGUGUGAGAGCAGUUUGUGACGGAGAGACAGAGGGAGCAACACCAACGCCGCCGUACGUGGAGCGCUCGAGCCUCACAGACAUUCACCGCAACGACAAAACCGAAAGAUACUCGAAAGAUAGAAUUUUUUUCAAAGGCGUCCUCUCACCGGUUUCACACGCUUUGUUUUAAUGUUAUUUUUUGUACUUGAGGGGAACGACGAACGGGGCUUCACUGCGGCUAAUCAAUUUUCCUCUUCCAGACCUGGGAAUUACAAUGAAAAAUGUAGGUGACACAUUUUCUCUCACAACCCAGGAGUCAUAGCGAAGACGGCGAAGAAGACAGCAGGGGGAAAAUGGUGACGGGUGCCGCAUCUAUAGGAUCAGCAUCCUCUCUGUGGAGCCCCUGCGUAAAAGAAAAACAGUGUGGACGCUGGUGAACAAGUGAAUGUGAACUUGUGAGAGAAAGAGAGAGAGAGACCUGCAGAAGAAAAGGUGGACGCCACUUUGGAUCUCAACAGGACCGUCCCUGCACCACAUGGAGGUUUCCUGGGGGAUUUUCUCAGCUGCUUUCAAAGCCGAGGCUCCCAACUAACUACUCGUGCUCCUUUUCCACUAUUUUUUACUUUCUUGUUGUCGUCGGGAUCGUGAGGCUACAGACCUCUUCCUUUCUCGUCUACUGUUUUUGUUCCAAGCAAGACCAAAACCAGGUGCCAAACUGUGUCAAGAGAAGAAGCAAAAAAAUCUAUGAAACUAACCAUCACCAAAUCAUCGUAAGAAGAGUAGAUUUACUAGCUAGAGUACAGCAUUAUUUAUCUCCCCCUCAACCCCCAUGCACAUUGCCAACAUCCUGCAUCCCAUCCUGCAUCCUACUUAAUCUCAACACGUUCAUCACGGCCCAGUGAAGAGCUCUUUUAACAACACUUUAUAUCCAUUGUCUUCGGUCUGUGUUUGCAUAGCUGCUGCUCUUAAUGCUGAAACUGGGAAGCGAUGAUCAGUGCAUUAUUGGUUCAAAGUGCUUUAUAAACGGAUCCUCCAGCUUGCAGUUGUGUGUUGCAGAAGAGGCGCGCGGUAGUCGGCGAUAGCUCUGCUCCGACGCCGCCCGAACACUCGAUGGCUUCGGCAGGACAGCGUUGACUGGCGGGCAACACAAGCCACAUCUAACCUGAUAAAUAUAGACUCCGUUAGCACCACCGCUGCUGCUGCUGCUUUCUCAAAGGGUCGGAGAUAUAUACCGUCGUCUGAGUCUGCGCUGUAAAACACUGUUGACACCUUUUGCUAUCUCCUUCUUCCAGUUGCUUGUAUGAGAGAAGCCUCUCACUCUGUGUGGUCUUCUGUUUCUUCCUACAUGUGGCGCUAAACAACCUGAAAGCCCCCUUUAUCUAAUCCCAGUGACCUCUUCAAUGUUUUUGCAUUCUUCCUUAUAUUCUACUUAAACAAAAAAAAACAUGCAAUUUAAAACCUUUCACUGUAUUUAUAUUUACUGUGGAGGUUUGUAUGAACAUAACCUGAAGCCAUACUGAACACCAGCCAUACAAAUACCUUUUUCUCAUUUACAAACGCCUCACAAUGUUACGGAUUUCUUCACCGGAGUGAUCUUCAAACACGUCAGUGCACAUUCAGGGAGUCAAUGAAGACACUUGUGACUAGAACUCGAAAUUCCAUACGUUUGGAAGACAGAACGGCUUUCUAAGGUGUUGCUUUUUUUUCUACCCGGGUCUUAACUAGAUUGUACCGAAUCUGUGAGCGGACAGCCUGCGGCGUCCACUGUGGCAGUGACCGUGUCGAGUUCCCGCCGUUGCCCCGUGUACCUCUGUCUUGACGAAUGAAUCCGGACAUUUUCAUGUCUGUUCUGUGGGCAGAACCUCGCUGCCCUGCUAGAACCGGGCCCAAGCCCUCCUUCGUUCUCUUUUGUUGGGCCAAGCUAAAUUCAGAGCAAAGACACUCACACAAGGGUAUCGAACGCACAUAGAGCCUCCCGUUUUUUUACAAAAAAAACUUUUUUCUUUCUCAUUUUGUCACCAGUUUCUUGCUAUUGAUCACUCUUUUGUGAAUGCCUUGACUUGCUCAUUUAUUGAUCUGAUCUCUGGUAGCUGUUGGAAGGAUUUGUUUUCUUAAAGAUUGGAUCCUGCUCGAUGUUCAGUUGGCAGCUUCAUUUGUCAAAACUCACCGUCCACACUUCUAAAUUCACCAUUCUACUAUAACUCAAACCCAAAUUCUGAGCAUAUUGACCUUUUUACGAGUUCUCUUCCUCUAAAUCUUUUGAAAGGAAGUUUGUUCAUUGGCAAAUUGUGAGCAAAUAGGAAUUUCAGUCACAGCUUGGUCACUAAACCGAGCUGAGAUCCACGAAGCUGCCAGCACUGUUUACAGACACGCAGAGCUCCAAUAUUUCAUUUUCCGUGUAUGAUUUUACAUAAAACAGGACAACAAAAGUGCCAAACUCAAACAAGAACACAUCUAACAUCUGUUAAAGCUCAUCAAACGUGAAACAUAAAGUUUACAUACAACGCUAAAUGUUUACAGACUACAUUUUCCGUCGCACUUUCUUACAUGAAUCAUAACUUUUGUGCCAUAAACUACACCAAGAAAACUCUUCAGUUGGAGAUAUGUUAGGACUCUUUUUGUGGAGCGGUCAUUAUAAGAAAGGAGUCUCAUGUUAGUUAUAGAAAGUGUAAAAAAAAAAACUAACUGCCUAUUUGGAAGAUUUAGAAUUUUAGCCUAGAGACUGUAAAACUGUCAACUGACAGACCAAAAUAAAAUAUACGACACCUGCUGCCAUAAAGCAACUACAUUAUUCUAUAUUUAUAAUCUGUCAAAGUGUUCAUUGAACAGCCAUUCCACAGCCAGUUCGUACGGGGCCUAAAAAAACCCUGAAAGACCUCAAUGUUUACAAAAGCUGCUUAAGGGAAGGAUUUGUAUAGCGAGAGAAAUGUUUACAUGACGCUGAAGGAGUGAAAUGCCAAACACAUUCAUGACACAUUGCUUGAACUAAGUCAAUCCUCUGGACUCCAAGAGAAAGCCUUUGCUCCUGUGCCGUGUGUACCGAACAAGAAGGGAUUAGUUCACCAGACGUUUUCAUACAAAAGGUUUUUGUAAGUCAAGAAGCCGCCAUCUUGGAAAAGGACGCUGACAAUUCACAUUUGGAGCGGUUUAUGUGUUUGUUUUUUUAUUUUAUUUUUUAUUAAUGGCUCAAGAACUUUGUGCUAAAACAAUGAGACCUACAACUCUCACAGCGAUGUUUCGCCUGUCCCUCGUUCUCCUGCUUUUCUUCUGCCUCGCUGUCUCCACGUUAACCAUCACCACGGAGCGACGCUCUGUUGACAGCGAUGUCAGGACUCUGACCGCCAGCAGCAGCUCCGCUGCAGCCGGGAAGAAGAGCACCGCCUUGUUCCUCCUGACCGGCUACAAGCCGCCGCUGCCCCCGCUGCCCGCCGGGCCCAAAGUGGCGACGAAAGUGGCCGAGGUGGAGGACGGAGAUGAUCCACCAGUUGUGGCCGAGCUCCCUCCAAAGCCCCUCCCUCAGACCAUGUUGCCGAGGAACAUGACGGCCGACGCCCUGAAGCCUCCGCUCGGUGCGGCCCAGGUGGCUCCACCUCCCAGACAGCUGGUGGAUGUGGACGUGUGCAGGGGUUACUACGACGUGAUGGGGCACUUUGACACCACGUUCAACUGUUCCAAGGGCAGCUACAUCUACUGCUGCGGUACCUGCCACUACCGGUUCUGCUGCGAGCACCAGAGGAACCGGCUGGACCAGGAAGCCUGCAACAACUACAUCUCCCCCGUCUGGGCCGACCCACAGGUCCCCGUCACCGUAAACGCAGACAACAAGCCCGACCCGGACUUUGAGACGCUCCAGCAGCAGAACAGCAGCACGGCCUAUGUGAUCGGAGGUGUGAUCUCCUUCACGCUGGUGGUGGCUGUGGGCGUCAGGAUCGCCUUCAGCAAGGUGGCGCGGCGACCCCGCAACAGGGACAUCAACAUGCCCAGAUCACUGGUGGAUAUCUUGCGUCACCAGUCGAGCCCGGUGCAGCAGGGAGAGAGGAACAACACGGCAGCGUUGACCACCACCACCUCAGACGGACGAACAUCCAAAAACCACUACACCCCCAUCCUGCAGAGCAAAGACAACCGCACUGGGAACAUGCACCACCAUUUUAACCAGCAGGGGUCUGCCUCCAGCCCCAAACACUCUGCUACCAUCGAGCGUGGAGCCCGUAUGAACAACACCUCCCAGCUCUCCUCUGGAGCCUCCCUGCUUUCAGGUAGCGGUAAAGGUCCCGGGGGUGGCGGCGGCAGCAUCAUCGGCGGGAGCAUGAGACACAACAGCAGCCACCCCAACUUCUCCCACUCCUUCCACAACCUGGCCCAGCUGCCGCCGUCCUACGAGUCGGCCAUGAAACCUGAGAUCAACCGCUACAGCUCACUGAAGAGGCUGGAGAAAGAACUCGACGAGUACUCCAGCUACUACAACUCCAAGCGUCGCUCCAACAACGCUCCGCCCUCCUUCCACUCCUCGCAGCACUACCUGCCCUGGGGAGGAGACUACACGCUGGGAUCCCGGGGCACGCUGCCCCUCCACGGCUCCCGGCCCCGCCUCCACAUCCCCGCCUCCACCCCGAACCCGUACCCGCUGCCCGCCCAGUCGCAGUACACCAGCUCCUCUUUCGACAGGCCGCCGCGCCGCGUCCGCUCCCAGGACCAGCUGCUGGCGCUCGGGGAGGGCAACACGCUGUCCCGCCUGUCCAAGAACCAGCAACACCAGUACUACAAAGCCAUGAUGAGCACCAGCAGGGGCUCCAACUCACAGACGCUCCGCAGGUCCCACGAGAGGCUUCUGGUCUCACCUGACCGUCUGGAGGACCGGCUGAUGAUGGGCCUGAUGACCGGAGGAGGCGGCGACCGAGCGGGGGGAGGCGGGAUGGUGCCCACUAUGGGGCGGCUCAGUCACCAACAGAAGACCCAGUCGCAGCAGAACAUCUGUGCCACGCCGUCCCUGGAGCGCCACCACAUGAUCAAGAUGAACUCCCACCCGACGCCAGGCCACGACCGCGACCGUGACCGUGACCGCGACCGCGGUUCCGCCGGCAUGCCUGGGAUGGGCAUGCACGGCGGCUGGGACCCCCACGGGGGCCACGGCGGAGGCGGUGGAGCGGGCCACCCCAACGCCCGGCGGAUGGCCUUCGCCAGCAAGAGGCAGAACACCAUCGAACAGCUGCACUUCAUCCCCGGAGGCGGAGGAGUGCAGGGACUGCGGACUGGGAGUAAGAACGAGGUGACAGUGUGAGAGGACGGGGUAGGGAAAGAGAGAGGAAGAUGAAGAGUGCGAGUAGAGAGGUGAAGGCUGAAGCUGUGAAGAAGCUCAAGAGGCAUUCAGUGGGAAGAUGAAGUGGAGAGGUGGGCAGGAGAAAGAAAAGAGGUUUUGAUCUCAUCCGGCUGCCUCACGGGGCUGAACAAACAGACCCCCCCUCCCCCCCUCCAUGAAACAAAAGGUGGUGGAUGACAACAUUAAUCUCAUAGUGAGUAUAGCCAACUGAUUUUCUCCUCGUCACUUUGUGUUUUUUUCAAAAGAGAAUAUUCAGCCAUUCUUCGAAAAGGGAAGACAGAAAUGUCCACUUAAAAAGAGCAAAAAAUAUCAUGAAUGCAGCUUAAAGGCUGCGGGUAUUCGCUGUGACUUUUAUUGAAGGAUACCCACUGAGUCAAAUUUGUUGAAUUGUCCUUGAGUUUUAUUGCACUGUCCUCUGAGUCCUCGAGCAGCGCUGACAGAGAUUCAUCUGUCUUUAAAUCCACUGUGGAAGAUAGAGCGCGCAGAGACAGACGGGUAUGCUUGUCUUUGUAUUUAUGAUAAAGUGUUGCAAGUUGCUUUUGUAUGAAAUUUAACCUGAUAUUAAUAAUAAUAGUAUUAACAUAACUGAGCCCUGUAAGACUUUGUGUAACGUAUGUAACCUUUAGCCAGCCAGUUGGUCACUUAAAGGCUGGGAAAUGUGACCUUUCUCUAGUUGUGAUUGGACUAUCAUCGAAGUACAAACAUUGUCUGCAAAAAUAAUCUAAACAAGUACAAUGAGCUGUCACUUGAUUGCCUUCAUGGCUUGAUUUACUCUUAAAAAAAAAAUCAAAUCGAAAGAAAGAAGACCUACAUGGACACAAGCUGCUGUCAAAAAGGCCCAGUCACACCAGCAUUUUAACGAAAUCCAUUCAAAUGAAAUUGCAGCUACUGAUGAAUUCAACGUAUUGUCCCGUUUGCAACUGAGCUAACACCCCGCCAGUCAGC